GAGGCCCUCAGGCGGAGGACUGCUGGGGAGCUGAGGCGGUCUCCUCCUCUCCGCGGAGGGCGGCGAGCUUGGUGUCGGCCUGUGAGAUUGCGGGGGAAUAAGAAUAAAAGAAUCUGAAAAACUUGGAGAAGAUAAAGUAUAUUCAGUCAUCAAAGCAGAAGAUCGACAAAGUGGGAAAUGUACAAUUUUGAGGACGAGUUAACGUGUCCCAUUUGUUAUAGUAUUUUUGAAGAUCCUCGUGUACUACCAUGCUCUCAUACAUUUUGUAGAAACUGCUUGGAAAAUGUUCUUCAGGCAUCUGAUAACUUUUAUAUAUGGAGACCUUUACGAAUUCCACUCAAGUGCCCUAACUGCAGAAGCAGUAUUGAAAUUGCUCCAACUGGUAUUGAAUCUUUACCUGUUAAUUUUGCAUUAAGGGCUAUUAUUGAAAAGUACCAGCAAGAAGAUCAUCCACGUAUUGUCACUUGCCCUGAACAUUACAGACAACCAUUAAACGUUUACUGUCUACUAGAUAAAAAAUUAGUUUGUGGUCAGUGCCUUACCAUAGGCCAACAUCACGGUCAUCCUAUAGAUGAUCUUCAAAGUGCCUAUCUAAAAGAAAAGGACACACCUCAAAAACUGCUUGAACAGUUAACAGACACACACUGGACAGAUCUUACUUGUCUUAUUGAAAAGUUGGAAGAACAAAAAUCUCAUUCGGAGAAAAUGGUCCAAAGUGAGAAGGAAGUUGUUCUCCAGUAUUUUAAGGAGCUUAGUGAUACAUUAGAACAGAAAAAAAUUUUUUUCCUAACUGCUCUCUGUGAUGUUGACAAUAUGAUUAAUCAAGAAUAUACUCCACACAUUGAAAGAAUAAAAGAAAUGAGAGAGCAGCAGCUUGAAUUAAUGACGCUGACAACAUCUUUACGAGAAGAGUCUCCACUUAAAUUUCUUGAAAAAGUUGAUGAUGUCCGCCAGCGUGUGCAGGUCUUGAAACAAAGACCACUUCCUGAAGUCCAGUGUAUUGAAAUUUAUCCUCGAGUAAGCCAAGUAUUGAAAGAAGAUUGGAACAGAACAGAAAUUGGACAAAUAAAGAAACUUCUCAUUCCUGAAAUGAAAAUUUCUUCAAAAAGAAUGCCAUGCUCCUGGCCUGAUGAUGUAAAGGAAGUUGAAUUUUUUAAGAUUCUAAACUCUGUUAUAGUUACACUAAUUUCAGUGAUACUGAUGUUGAUCCUUUUUUUUAACCAACACAUAGUAACCUUUCUAAAUGAAAUCACUUCAGUAUAUUUUUCUGAAAUCUCUCUAUAUGUUUACCAAAGUUUAUCUAAUAGUCUGCAUGAUUUAAAGAAUAUACUGUGUCACACUUUAUAUUUAUUGAAGGAAUUUAUGUGGAAUAUAGCUUUUCAUUGACAAUUCAGAUACAAAUUGUUUAAAUAGGCUUAUUCUUUACAGGGACUAACAACUAUUGCUAAAUGGAGAAAUAGGGGUUACAUGGAUAAAUAAAAUAGCAAACUAAAUUUUGUUAGAAUUGCAACAAAUACAUAGAAAUAUUUUAAACCUUUCAUGCUUCUGUGGAAUAGAAAUGUGUCAGGAAUGAGGCAAUAUCUCUAGUUUUCAGUCUGAAAAGAAUAAAAUCUAGUGAUUUCUUGAUUUGAAUAUUAUUAUCCUAUUUGUUUUUUAUUGGUUAGAGAGGUUGACUUAAUAUUGCUGUGACAUUAAAACAU